AUGGCUGGCAAAGGCGAAGACGGGACGGCGCGGAACCCUGUUGAGGACAAUGCCCAGCUGGAGGCGCGUGCGGCGCAGGUCAACGAGCAGAAGCUCGUGCGCAAGCUGGAUCUAUAUUUGAUCCCGCUCAUCAUGAUGCUGUACCUAUUUAGCUUUCUUGAUCGCGUCAACAUUGGAAAUGCGCGCCUCUACAAGCUCGAGGAGGACCUCGGCCUCUCCUCGACGCAGUUCCAGAUUGCCGUGUCCAUCUUCUUCGUGCCCUACCUGCUCUUCGAGGUGCCGUCAAACCUGGUGCUCAAGCUCUUCACCCCGCGCCGCUGGAUCGCCGCCCUGGCCUUUUGCUGGGGCCUUGUGGCCACGCUGUCCGGGCUCGUCGACUCGUACGGCAGCCUGCUCGCCUGCCGCCUGAUCCUGGGCGUCGUCGAGGCCGGCCUGUUCCCCGGCCUCAACGUCUACCUGACCUUUUUCUACACCAAACACGAGCUCGCGCGCCGCGUGGGCUACCUCUUCGUGAGCGCGGCGAUUGCGGGUGCCGUCGGCGGCCUGCUGGCGUUUGGCAUCGGGCACCUGGACGGCGCGCGGGGCAUGAGCGGCUGGCGAUGGAUCCUGAUUAUCGAGGGCAUCCCAAGCGCGGUGCUGGGCGUCGUGACGUACUUUUACCUGCCCAACGACGCGGCCACGGCGCAUUUCCUGAACGACGGGGAGAGGGCGCUGAUGGAGCUGCGGCACCAGAGGGAGUAUGGCAAUACAAAAUCGAGCAGGGAGUUCAGCUUCCAGGAUAUGAAUGCGGCGUUUAAAGACUGGAAGGUGUGGGCGUUUUGCGUGGCGCAGUUUGGUGUCGACACUAUGCUCUACGGCUAUUCGACAUUUUUGCCGACCAUCAUCAAGGGCCUGGGGAAGUGGACACCAGCGCAGGUGCAGCUGCUUACCAUCCCGUGCUACUUUUUAGGUGCGAGUGCCUACAUGGCCAUUGCGACGGUGUCGGACAAGACGCAGAAGCGAGGCCUGUUCUGUGUCAUCUUUGGCAUCCUCAGUGUGGUUGGAUAUGCGAUACUGCUGUCCAAUGUGUCUUCGGGCGUGCAUUAUUUCGCGUGCUUUCUGGUGGCGGCAGGACUCUACAUUGUCGUUGGUCUGCCGUUGGCUUGGCUUCCCAACAACUCUCCUCGCUACGGCAAGCGAACGACUGCUACCGGCAUGCAGCUCACAAUAGGCAAUGCGUCGGGCAUCAUGUCGUCGUUUAUCUACCCGACACUCGACGCCCCGCGCUUCAUCCGUGGACACGCCGUGACGCUGUCCAUGGUGGCAAUGGGCACAUUGAUCUACGGCCUGCUGUGGGUGUGGUACCGGCGCGAGAACCAGCGACGCGCCGCUGGUGCCUUGCAGGAAAAGUACCAGAACUUGUCCGACGACGAGCUACGGGAGCUGGGCGACGAAAGUCCCCAUUAUACAUACACGAUAUAA